AUGAGUGAGGCCAUUGAUAAAAAUGACUCCACUUCUUCUCAAUCACCUACGAAAGAAAUUUCUAUUCUCAAUGCAUUGCUCUCAAUUGUAACCAUAACAUCACUCUCUUUGACCGACCCAAUCCAUGCACAACCUCUUCCCACCCUUCCUCUAGAUCUCAUUGCAGAAAUUUUGUGUUGGUUACCUGUGAAGUUCUUACUUCAACUCCGAUGCGUUUGCAAGUCAUGGAAUUCUCUAAUAUGCGAUGCCAACUUUGCCAAAAAGCAUCUUCGUUUGUCAACCGUGCGUCAACUCCACUUCCUAAGCUAUUCCAACCGUUUACACAACUAUAUUCUCACCUCUCACCCAUUCCACUCUAUUUUCACAAACAUAACAAACGACUUCACACAACUUGAACUUCCUCCAAAUAAUCAUGAUGGAGAUUAUUAUCUAGUUGGUUCUUGCAAUGGUAUCCUUUGUCUUGCCGAUUAUAAUGAAGGCUUUGUUAUUUUGUGGAACCCUUCCAUUAGGAAAUCAAAGGAGUUACCUCCUUUUCAAAAGCCAAAAACUCUUCGUCACGAUGGUAUGACAUAUGGUUUUGGAUAUGAUCCUGUUACUGAUAAUUACAAGGUGGUGGUUAUUUUACACUACUAUAUACAUGAUAUUAAUGAUAAUUAUGUCAACAAAAUUGAAGUGAAGAUUCAUACUUUGGGGACUAGCUUUUGGAAAAAUAUUCAGGAGUUUCAUUUCGAUGGCCACACUAUUGAGGGACCCGGACAUUUUGUGGGUGGCGCAAUUAAUUGGCGGAGUUUGAAAGAUUUAGGCAUGGAAAAUUCAUGUUUUAUUAUUUCUUUUAAUUUGAAAAAUGAGUCUUUUCAAGAGAUUUUGUUGCCUGACCAUGAAGAGAUAGAUACAAGUGAUUUGAAUUUGGGUAUGUUGAGGGAUUGCUUGUGCAUGAUUUCUGGUGAUGAUGUUUGGGUUAUGAAAGAAUAUGGAAAUAAAGAGUCUUGGACUAAGUUGUUCACUGUCUGUCACAUGCAAUAUCCUUGUAAAUCUUAUGGCUUUACCAAAGUAAUAAAUAUUUUUGAGGAUGACCAAGUGCUGCUGGAGUUUAUAGAUGAUUCUAUAGACGAUUCUAUUGAGGGAACCUGGAUAUGGAAUUCGGUUGUUUACAAUUCCAAGAAUGAUACUUUUAAUUUUACCAAGUUUGAAAGCACCCCAGAAAUCUGCAUUGAGAGCUUGAUAUCACCUUGUUCUUAA